AUGUUCACCUGUAUCUCCUGCAGAGUCGCAUUCGAGACUGCCGAUGAGCAGCGUGGCCACUUCUUGACCGACUGGCAUCGGUACAACAUGAAGAGGAGAGUCGCAAGCUUGCCUCCAGUCCCCGCCUCGGCCUUCAACGAAAAGGUCAUCGAGAGGAGAGAGCAGAAUGCCGUCAGGACGGACCCCAGGAGCAUGGCUUGUGCCGCUUGCAGAAAGACAUUCUCUUCCGAGAACGCCUACCGAACCCACGUCCAGUCGAGAAAGCACCGAGAUAUGGAAGCUAGCUAUGCUCGAUCCGGCGAGCAGCCCGAGCCUGUUGCUUCUACCUCUCAAGCCCAGGACGAAGAGUCGGACAGCGAGGAAGAGAAGGAAGAGACCGGUAUGGAAGUUGAUGGCGAGGAAGGCGAGGAAGAGGAAGAAGUCGAUUUCGAGACUCGUAUGGCCAACAUUCGACGCCGUAUAAAGCCCACCGACUGUCUCUUCUGUACCCGACAUCUCGAAUCCCUCGAGGAGAACGUCUCCCACAUGGCUAGCGCCCACUCCUUCUUCAUCCCCGACCAAGAUAUUCUUGUCGACCUCUCUGGUUUGCUUGGGUACUUGAGUGAAAAGAUUGCUGGUGCCAACAUGUGUCUCUACUGCCCCAACGGCGGAAAAGAGUUCGGCAGCAUGGAGGCUGUGAGGAGACACAUGAUCGACAAGAACCACUGCAAGUUGGCGUACGAGACGGUGGAGGACCGUACAGAGUUGGCAGACUUUUACGCGUAUGAGAGUGGGAGUGAAGAUGAGCAAUGGGAGGAUGAGGAUGGAGACGAUGAAGAGCUCGGCUCCGACGAGGAGAUUAUUGACGUUGGCGAGAAGCCGGUCAAGGGCAAGAAGCGCUCUGUCGCCCUUGCCUCUGACGGUCUUUCCCUCGUCCUCCCCUCUGGCCGUACUCUCGGCCACCGAUCCCUCAAGGUCUACUACGACCAACGCUACCGACCCGCCACCGAGUCUGGCGUCGAUCCCUCCUCUCUCAAAGUGGCUCAGGUCCGCAAGCGCCUUGCCGACCCCACUCUUGCGUUGGUGCCGACCGCUGGUGGUCACGGGGCAUUCGGCAAGGGCCAGCAGUUGAUGAAGGCGAGGAACGCCGGUGAGGCCAAGUGGGCCAAGAAGCAGGGCAGGAGUUUUGCGGACCAAAAGUUCAGGGAGCUGCACAAGACCAGGGUUGGGUACAUUCACAAUAGUCAAGCCCAUUUCCGAGACCCUCUUUUGCAAUAA